AUGUCCAGCUUCACUCCCUUCCCACUGACCACGAAACCAAGCAGCAGUUUUCCAACUGCCAUGAUGACUUCAAGCAAGUUGACACACUCCAUCCCAACCACCACCCGGACACCAGUGACAUCGAUGGCUACCACUGAGACUCCCACCACUUUUACAUCACCCAGGACUACUUCGACUACUACUCAUAUGACUACAGAGUCUAUAUUGACCACCACUCCAGGCACCUGUGACAAUGGUGGCACCUGGCUAGAGGGCCGCUGCCUCUGCCCCUCGGGGUUCUCUGGAGAUCACUGUGAACUCCAGGAGAUCAAGUGCCAGAAUGGAGGUCAAUGGGAUGGCCUCAAGUGCCGCUGCCCCAGUACCUUCCAUGGCUCCCACUGCGAGCUUGCCGUGGAACAGGUGGAAGUGGUGGACACUGAAGUGGGCAUGGAGGUGUCUGUCCAACAGAAAUUCUCUCCGGAGCUCAAAGACAACAAUUCCAAGGCCUACAAGGAUUUCAGUGACAGCUUCAAGCUUCAGAUGCAGAAGAUUUACCAAGACGUGCAGGAGUUCAAGGGUGUGGAGAUCCUGUCCUUGAGGAAUGGCAGCAUUGUGGUGGACUAUCUGAUUCUGUUGGAGUUGCCCUUCAGUACCCAGCUGGAGAACAAGUAUGAGAACGUAAAGACAACCCUGAUAAAGAAGCUCCAAGAUGUCAGCGAGGACCAGGACAACUGCCAGAAUGAUACCCUGUGUUUUAAGCCUGACUCCAUCAAGGUGGACAACAAAACCAGGACGGAGCUAAAUGUGAAAGCCAUCUGUCACCGAGUCGCUGCCCAGGGUUAUGAGGAUUUCUACUUCCCCUUGGUGGAGAAAAACAAACUCCGCUGCGUCACUAACUGCACAUUGGGCGUGCCCGGCGCCAUCGACUGUAACCAGGGCCAGUGCCUUCUGGAGAGGAGCGGUCCCACUUGCCGCUGCUUCUCCACGGACACGCACUGGUUCUCGGGACCGCGCUGCGAGGUGUCCAUCGCCUGGAAGGCUCUGGUUGGGGGCCUAGCAGGGGCCGUGGUGCUGCUGCUGCUGCUGGUGGCACUUAGCGUCUUCUUCGUGCGCUCCCGGAAGAGGCGCGGCCAAGGCGGAGGCUGGUCCUGGGACAACGACAGGAAAUGGUUUGAGUCAUGUGAUGACACCACCGUGGGGACUUUUACAAACUUAGGCUUCGAGGACGACAGAACAGUCAAGAACGAAAACUUCUACGUGGACUUGGAGACUGUGGACACCAAUAUGAGGGUACACACCCAGAGACCUGAGGUGGCUUUGUCUUCGCUGUGAGCCCUGCACUACCCACGCCACACUGCUCAGACAGCAAGAAGGAACCACCUACACUGUGUCCUUUUAAGAGAUUGCCCAGGUCUCAUGCAGCUGUGUCCUGGUUUCCUUGGCCAGAAUCAGACCAUCCUCUGACCUUUAUCUUUCUCCUACCUUGGGGGAAACCCACCUGGAGACCCAGUUCAGAUCCAGCGUCUUCCACUGUGGGACCUUGGGACCUUCUUCAAACCUGUAGAAUUAGUGUAGCAUACUUGUUCUGAUAACUUGUACAGUUAUUGUGAAAACCAGAAGUGCUCUGUCCGAAUACCCCUUCCUAUGUCAGCCCUCUUGCUUAGAUGGCUUCUCUCAGCUCCACAGUCCCCACCUCCUAGGCUGGGUCUCAGGCCUUAGUCUUUAUUUUCCUGUGAGCAUUCCAUACUGCCUAUUGCUCAUCCAUCCCAGCCUCCUUUCCUCCUUAUAUAACUCCCUGUCAUACCC